CGUUAGAAAGCACGUGGGCCUCGUCUGAUCUCACAGCUCGUCCUCGUUCGGCCUCAGCUGCAUCAGAGAGCCACUUCUCCUCAGGUUCCCCAGAGGAAACACCACUGCACAAAAUGCUUUUCCUCCCAGCUGCUGCUCUGUGCUGUCUGUGUUCAGCGCUGGUUGCCAUGGCAGCAGAGCUGAUUCAGGACCAGUUAUCACUGACCAGGAGAGUUGGUGAACCAGUCUCCUUCAGCUGUGGAGGAACUGACAGGUGUGAUGGUAGUUACAUAUACUGGUACCAGAAGAAAGACACAGAAACAUUCAGAGUGAUUCUUGAUAUUGAUAGAAGGGAUGGUGAGCUAGACAAAGGUUACGAUCAUCCUCAGAAAGAUGAUUUCACAGCUGAGAAUAAACCAAAUAGCUGUGAGUUGAAGAUAAAGAAAGUUAAACUCGAUCAUUCAGCCACCUACUACUGUUCCUGUUGGAAGUCUGGUUCCCACAACAUGAUCUUUGGCUCAGGAACUAAACUGUAUGUAACAGGUGAGCAGGUAGUGAAGCCCGUGGUGAGCGUGUACCCAGCAGCCCCGAGCCACGUGGAGGGGAACAGCUCCCUGCUGUGUCUGGCCUCAGGUAUGUUUCCUCCUGUGGUCCAGUUCUCCUGGGAAAGACAGUUGGAGGACGGUACUAAGGAGAACAUGUCUUCUGGCUGGGGAGAGCAGCUGGAGCUCAGAGAGUCGGGACACGCCUCCGCCAUCUUACUGAUCCAUCAGCCAGAGAACAGCACGUAUAAAUACUACUGCUCCGUCAGGCACGAGGUGGAAACAGUGGAGGCCCAGACACAAGAGGUUCCAGCUCCAGCAGCCUCCUGUCCUCCAGAGAGAGAGCCAGCACACCUGGCAGCUCUGCAGCAAGCUGACAUGUCAGUGCUUCCCCUGGAUCCUCUCCAGCCUCAGUGCAGGGUGAAGCUGCUCUGUCUGCUGUACACAGUGCUGAUAGUGAAGAGUCUGCUGUACUGCUGUGGACUCUCUCUGCUGAUGGGCCUCACAAACAAGGGACCGUCCACCAACGGCCCACAUGCUGACUGACUGUUUUCUGCUCCUCUUUUCUCACCGUGGCUUCAUCUCAUUCAUCUCAUUGAUCACUGAUCACAAGUGCACAGUUUAGAUACAGUCAUCCUAAAUACACACACAUGUAUAUUUGCAGUCACUCACUGUCAAUUCUCUUUAUUUUCAUGCAUUUAUUUACAGUAUUUCUCACUUUCAUUCAGACUUGUGUAAUAAUAGAAAAUUAAAGUGAAUCAUCAGCUGUUGGCUUAUUAAUUAUAUUUCAUUAAAUACUUAUUUCUUUAAACAUUCUGCAGAGGUUAGUUUUGUAUAAUGUGUUUGUUCUAAAUGUUUCAAUAAAGACUAAAAUCAAAAUGUU